AUAAGAGGAUAGACAGGUGGACCACUGCGCACCCAGGUUGCCACCCUCUCCCCUCUGUUCCCAUUUCCAUGACCACUCUGCUGGGGCUAUGCAACGUUUAUCCGGGCAAGGAAAGGUUUAUACGUUGGGGAGCGGGACAAAGAGAUGCAGAGGCUCUUCCACCAGUCUCAUUUUAUUUUAAAUAAGCCUACCCAAUUUGCCGAGCGAACCUGUGACAACUAACACUUCCUAUCCCCGAAUUAGACAAAAAUUACGUUUCCAUGCGUUUCCAUUUUAGAUAGCCUAUCUAGAAUGAGGGCAACGCAUCGAUUCAGCCAUCUCUGCAAUUCACUUUCACAGUGACAAAUCGAUGAGAAUUAGGCGGCUAUGCAUCAGAUUUUGUUUAGGUCUAUGAUGAACAAAUCUACUCAAUAGAAUGUAUAAUCGAUCCCCUCAGUGAAGUUAACACUCUUUAAUCAUCGAUGGGAUCAGGACUGGAUUAAGCAUUGUAACAGUGUUCUGGUGGAACAUAAUCCAAUGAUCCCAUUGAUCAGUCAACUAGCACUAGGCGCAACUGUAUUGACACAUUAGUAAGCACAUAAGGUAGAAUAUUUCCUCUGAUUUUAAAGGUACCAACUCGUAUUUCAACGGGGGACUCUGAUACAUUUUGGCACCAUAUUUAUGUUUGACUCUGUAGCCUAUCAAUAAUAUGUUUUACAACGUUUUAAUAAAGCAUGUCUCUGUUUCAAUAAUCAUGAACAUCAUCAUCGCCAAAUGUGUUUACAUAGGCCUAAUUAUAUCAGUGUAUGAGUUGGUGUUUUAAAUACUAUUUAUGCCAAACUAUACGUCUAAACUGUAUUAAAUCGGUCUACAAUAUCUGAGAAAAUGUUAAAUGCCCAGUUUUCUGCCUUUGUGCUGGUUGUACCUGCACACAUUUACGAACAUUAGGGUUCUAAUGAUUGACUUCCAAAAAUACAAACAUCAAACGCCACAGAACAAUGAGGGUUGGUCUAUUUCGACAGGGAAGCUUCUGUGACAGUAAGGAAAGGGAGGUCGAUCUUAAUUCUCCAUAACAAGAGUACAAAGACUGGUCGGAGACCAAAGACAAUUGAACACCUCCUUCCCUCCUUGCGCCCAGGCGGCGCCUUGGCGGAUAGACCGUGUCUCUCAUUAGCAAAAGAUGUCUCGACCAGGGAGAUAUAAAAGCCAGAAAGAAGGAGAGAAGGAGGGGGAUUCAAACGGGGCGACAAAAACAACUAAUCCCAUCUAUGUAAACGAACUUGGCUCGAGUCUGCAGACAGAGCGUCAACAAGGCAUGGAGAGAGACACCAAUUUUGGAUGAUACAGUGGCGCACGCAUUGGGAAUAAUUAGAAUUGUAGGCGAACAUUUUCAAAGGAGUAAACUUGGUUUAUUAAACUUGAAGUCUGGACACAAAUAAACGACAUUAUGCUUGCAGAGGGCAGAGUGGUUGAUACAAACAGUGGACAUGGAGAUGAGCCAUGCCCGCGCAGCUCAGUCAAUUUUAUUGAUCACAGUCGGCGACACCGAACUGCCUUUACCCGGGAACAACUGUCCCGCCUGGAGCAAGAGUACCUCAAGGAGAGCUACGUUUCUCGACCGAGGAGAUGCGAACUGGCGACAGCACUGAACCUUCCCGAGACCACAAUCAAGGUAUGGUUCCAAAACAGGCGAAUGAAGGACAAGAGGCAGCGUCACUCUCUCAGCUGGCCACACCCCCUGGACCCCAACCUGUGUGCCCUGAUGGUGAGCCAGGCUGCAGCAGGCCUACCUUACCCCUUUCUCCCUCCCCUCCCCCUGCACCUCUACUCUCACCACGGAGUGGGGGCAGGUUCCCCCUCUGUUCCCAGCCCCUUCGCUGCUCCCCUCAGGCCACUGGAUCCCCUGCGCCUCUCUCACUCCCCCUACCCCAGGCCGGGUGGUCUACCCCCAGCGGCCCUCUACCCCCAUUCCAAUGUGAUGCACCAUCCCGCCACUUGCCCCUGCCCCCUCUGCCUCCACUGGGGAUCAGACCAACUGUUCAAAGCCAGAGGGCUGACCGCUAUUGGCCUGAAUCGACCACGCAGUCCCAAAACUAUGGCUGCCAGUCUGGACAGGAGGGAAGAGGUGCCUUUGCCCAGAUGAAGUUUGCUGCACUAGCUACAAGGAAAUGACGAUAUGAAGUCAAUGGUGGUGACGGUACAUUGAGCACAAUCACACCUCAUGAUCAGAUAAACUGCCCUCCCUGGAGGAGUGCAAUUUGAUCCAGCUUUCCAUGUUGUUGGAGCUCUAGAUUUACAUGUGUCUGUCUGUAACAACACAGCAGGGGAUAUGAAUACUGUUUUAUUUAUACAUGUGAAAUGCAACGUUCUUUCCAGAUCGAUGAUCUUGAAACAUUCCGGCCUUCACACAUACGGUAGCUAAUACUGGGGAUGACCUUGAGGCAAUAAGAAACGUUCCUUUUGUUGUAACUGCGUUUUCUUAUGCGCAAGAACGAGACGUUUUGUUCUAACUGCUGAUUCACUAAAAGGCAGAGGAGUUCCAUUAGUAGAAUGUCCAAUUAGACAUCGAAGGUAAAACAUUUUUUUAAAAGUACAGACAUUUUCCAGUCAUAGAAAUUCACAUAAUUCACUGUUUGCUCUGAUAAUCAAGUAUGAAUCUCAACACAUGAGAAAUGGCUUUGCAGAAACCACUGCUGCUCAUGUGUUUGUCUGAUGUUUGGACUAUUCUAUUAUCUUGUCUAGAAUUGGAACAGAAUGCAUACAGUGCCAGAAUAUGUGAAGGCGCAAAGUGUACAGAAGAUUUUCUUUUCCAUCUUUCGGAAUAUGUGAUGAUAUAUUUUAGUUAAUACAUAUUUAUGAGAAAUCUCUGGAUCAAUAUUUUAAAGAACAAAUUGUGAUUGAGUACACUCGUUUGCAUCAACAAUGACAUAUAUUACUCUGUUAAGCAUACUUUUACAAAGUCAAUUAAAUAAAUAAACUCAACACUUCUCAAAUCAA